AUGGGUAUAUUAACAAGAAAGAAAAGAGGAAAGAAAGACGAUGUAUAUUUAUCACCAACUCAUAAUAUAUUAUCGGUGACACCACCAUCACCAAACAUAAAUAAUAGUAAUAACAAUAGUAAUAGUAUCAACAUUAACAAUAGCAAUGGUAUCGGAGGUAAUGGUAAUGGUAGUAAUGGCAGUAGUAGUGCUGGUAGUAGUCAUAGCAUUGGAAAUAGCGGUAGUCUGAGUAGUAGCAGUAUCAGUAGUAAUGGUAGUGGAAAUGGAAAUGGUAACAACACACUUGGAAAUGUUCAAUCGUCAUCCAAUCAAAAUGGUGGAGUUACUGGUCAACAACAGCAUGAUAUAACAUAUUAUAAAUAUCCACAACAGAGUGUUGUUGGAUCGAAUAGUAAUAGUAAUAGUAAUAGCAAUAAUACCGACAAUAACAAUCAAACCAUUUAUAAGAGUGUAAAUAUACGUUCUGAUUCUCAAAUGUUUCAACAACAACAACAACAACAACAACAACCAAAUAAAUUUGGUGGAAUGGUAAAAUCACCAUCUGCAUCAAGUAUUGUACAUAAUCAUAAUAAUCAUAAUAAUCAUAAUCAACAACAACAACAACAACAUAACUAUCAUAAUCAUAAUCAUAAUAAUAAUAAUGGUCAUUAUCAUCACCAUGGUGUUGGAAGUCUGUCGGCAUCGGCAUCGACUAUCACGACAACGACAACAACAACAACGACAACCACUACAUUUGAAUCAUCGUCGUCGUUGUACAAUGAUAGACUGGGUGUAUCGUCACCCGAUCACAUUAAAGUAAAGAAGAAUCUGGCAGUGUCGAUACCAUCGACCAAACGACUACUCGAGAGUGAAAGACCAAGAAAGAUGUCCAAUGCAGCCGAAGUAGAAUUGUAUUUCAAAUUGAAACAGCGUGAGACUGACUUUGCUCAUUCUCUAACAUGUGCAGUCUCGCCAUUUCAAUAUCUUGAUGAAAAGGAACUUGGUGAUCAUAUGAAUUUAGUUGAUUUUAAAGUUGAACUAAGUUUUGAUGGUUAUACAAAGUGGUAUAAUAAUAAAGAUAAGAGUGCAGAGAUGGCACAGGAAGAAAAGAAAACUGGCUACCGAAACAAUGCUAUGGAGUCAAAGAAGAGCGGUUCUCUGUUUAAGACAAAGAAGAAGAUAAAACCACCAAAGAACGAAGAUGAGUUGAUGCAUUUGAAUUUCCUUAAGCGUCAUUUGCACGGCGAGAAGACACCGCCCAACAAGAAUGUUGUGGUGGCACCCACCAACACUGGAAAUCUCACUGGCAGUGAGCUGCAUGUGACCACUCAACUGAACAACGUCACACUGUCCUCGAACAACUCUGGCAACAACACCACAAGCUUGGUCGCCACAACCGGAAGUAAUCUCAACCUCAUUAGAAACAGUAAUAGCAGUGGGAAUAUUGCUAAUCUCUUACUUAGUGGUAACAAUGGUGUUGAUACUAAGAACAACAAUGAUACCGAUGGUAAUGGUAAUGGUAAUAACAUGAUGAUGUUGUUGAAUUUGAAUCAACAUCAACAACAACAACAGCAAGAUAGUCACAGUAAUAGAAAUAGUUUGAAGAUAACUGAUUUGAAUCAACAGCAUCAACAGAUGCAACAACAACAGCAGUAUCAACAGCAAAUUCAGACAUUACAACAGACAAUACAGCAAUUGGAGCAGCAACAAAGACAGUUACCUAGAAGACUGCCAAGUAGUAGUUCCAUAUCUAGUCAACAGCAACUGCAACAACUACAACAACAGCAACAACAACAGAUACCAUCUAAUAACUCUUCAGGCUCUACACAACAACAACAACAACAACUUCAAAGUCUGCAGCAUUUACUUCAACAUCCACCAACACCACUUCAACAACAGCAACAACAACAACAACAAUCGUCAGCUCCAAAUUCCAAUACUAGCGGUCUGAGCAAGCCACAACCACGUCGUCUGAACAGCUCGCAAAACAUGCAAGACACUAGCAUCAGUGAGCAGUUACAACCACCACAAUCACAACACGACAAUGAAACCAACAGCUUCGACACUAGCUACAGCAGUCUCUACGAUGACCAAGACAUAAACAAUCCUUCAAAUCACGAUACCGGCAGUAAUAUCACAACUAACAGUGGAAAUCUACGUAACAGAGAUCAACUGUCAUCGUCGCCAACCUCCAUCAAAAAGAUCGGUGUCAAAAUCCUCUCAUUCUUUGGUGGCGGCAAAAACAAAAACAAACAACAAUCCAACAGCAACAACAACAACAAUAGCAACCACAACAACAACAACGCCUCGAACAUUGACAACGCUCUUUCACCACCGAACAGUCACUACAUCCACAGAACACAGUCACAAUCAUCGCUAUUGCAUUCUCCGCGAUUCAUGCUCGAUUUCAACCCACAGAUCAUCGGUGAGUAUGGAAGCGCGUCAGUUGCAGGAUCGCAUUCACCUCCACCACUCAACCGUUCGCAAUCACACAUCUCACUACAGUCACGACCAACUCCACGUUCGCAAUAUGACACCAAUAGUUCUUUCAAUUUAACUCCACGUACAUUCUUUACAGCUCAGCACAACAACAACAACAACUCCCAACCCAAUCUUUCCACCUCACAACAGAAUCUCAACAAUCAACAACUAACCUCAACAAACUCAACACUUUCAUCCAACAACAACAAUAAUGCAAUCAACAACAACUCCAAUAACAAUACUUUGAAUAACAACAACAACAAUAAUAAUAAUAUUUCCACCAUCAACAUUUCCAAUAACAAUAAUAAUGUAAAAGAUCCCACCAUUAAUGGUAAUAAUUCUAAAGAUAAUAACAAUAAUAAUAUUAAAGAUAACAGUAGCAUUUCAAUCUCAAACAACGGCAGCAACAAUAAUAAUAAUAAUAACAACAGUCUUAAAGAGAGUAUCAAUAAGAAUCAUCACACGACAAACAAAAAUAAUUUAUCACAAAGUACUAAUAGUAAUCACAGCCAACAUAUUGUAAAUACACCAUUACAUAAUUUAAUUAACCAUUCGAUGAACUCGUCGAAUAUCUCCAACGACAACUCCUAUGACACUGGUGGCAACAACAGCCAUGAAUUCGACUUUGAAGAAGGGUCAACAUCUGCCUCUGCUUCUUCAUCACCAAGUUCCUCACCAAGUUCAUCACCUCCAUCAUCACCAGAACCAUCACCACCCCAAAGACUAAACUUUUUCAAAACCAUACAUAUUUCACAUACAAAAAAACCAAAUCAUUAA